CCAGGCUGAGUUAGUCCAGAGGAAGGCAAGAACUGGCCCAGUAACGGGAUUUCAGCUGACAGUGUGGACAAGAUGGAAAUUGACUACAUCGCUCUGGAUAUCUUCACAUUGGUAGUACAAGGAAUCACCUCUCUCCUUGGCAUCCUGGGCAACGGGCUUGUGAUCUGGGUGGCUGGAUUCCGGAUGGCACGCACAGUCACCACUGUGUGUUACCUGAACCUGGCCUUAGCCGACUUCUUCUUCACUGCCACUCUACCAUUGUUCAUGGUUGUAUAUGUCAUGAAAGCACAAUGGCCUUUUGGUCCAUUCCUAUGCAAGUUUAUUAAUACCUUCGGGGACACAAACCUGUUUGGAAGUGUCUUCCUCAUUGCAUUCAUUGCUCUGGACCGCUGUAUUUGUGUCCGGUGUCCAGUCUGGGCCCAGAACCACCGCACUGUAAGUCUGGCUAAAAAACUAAUCAUUGUACCCUGGAUUCUUGCACUACUCCUUAACUUGCCAGUUCUCAUCUUCACUACUACACAGACUCAUGAUGACAAUAAAGUGUACUGUGUUCUAGAUGUUGAAUUCGGGGGAAACAUCACUGAAGAAGAGAAGAUACAAAAGAUAUUAACCAUGUCAAAAAUCAUAGCAAUCAACCGCUUUGUCGUUGGUUUCACAUUUCCAAUGUCCAUCAUCGCUAUUUGCUACGGGCUCAUUAUUGCCAAAAUAUGCAAAAACGUAAGGAAUAAUUCCACACGUCCCUUACGGGUCCUCACAGGUGUGAUGGUCUCCUUCUUUAUUUGCUGGUUCCCCUUUCAACUGUGUCUUCUUCUGUCGGCACUUUGGGCCAGAGAAAUACUGUUUGAAGGAAAGUACGAAAUACUUACUCACCUAAGGCACAUAACAGGUCAACUAGCCUUCUUCAACAGCUGCCUCAACCCAAUGCUCUACGUCUUCGUGGGCCAAGACUUCCGAGAGAAGCUGAUCCAGUCCCUGCCGGCCAGUCUGGAGAGGGCCCUGACUGAAGACUCUGCUCCAACCAGUGAUGCAAACACCAGCCCUGCUUCAGACUCUACAGAGGUCAAGGAGCAGGAGUUGUAAGGUGAUUCGUGGCAUUUUUGAGUCCUGCCUACACCUGCCCUGCUCCCCGUUCCAGCUUCAUCUUACCUUGGGACAUACUGAGUGUUAGGUAAAUUUUCUUUGGCCAGAAGACCCUCCAAAGAGGCUGAGGGCCCCAUCAUUACAUUCAGAGUUUGUUAAGGGAAUGUACACACAAGCCUCAGAUUGGACAGUAGCUACAUGACACGGGUAUCUUCCGUGCCACAUGGAAGCCACUCAGGAGUUUAUAGGACAGUGCAGGACGGAUGGGGGUACUGGGGAAUGACCCACCUCAGUAAGGAGACACUGCCUUACAUUUGUCCAGGCCUCUGUGAGGUCCCAGUCCAGGAACCAGCGCGUCAGGGGCACAGGGCAUGGGCCGGCAGGUCUCUGAGGGGAUUUAGGGGAAGCAGUCUUCGUUCUGGCCUGAAUCUACCUGGAUCUAGCUACACAACCUGGCUGCGGUCACAUCAGCGAGCAGUUUCUUCUUCACGCUGAACUGCUCAUCAUAAAAAAUACUAGGGUACCCCUGAUUUACGGGGAAGAAACAGACCCCACGGUACUACUGGUGUCAUUUCUGCCUUUGGCACCUCGGCCCACAUACCCUGGGAUGAGUGGAGGUUGGAAAGAGUACAAGAGAAGAAACAGUGAUGGAGAAUCCUAAAGUCUAGAUGGGAGAGUAUACUAAGGGGGAAAUGUUGGUAUUUCACCAUGAAGUAAGAUGUUUGCUGUAGAUUGUUUUAUAUGCCCAUGGAAGUUUCUUUCCUAAUUUACUACGUUUUCUUCCCUUCUUAAUCACAGAUAGCUACGGGAUUGUAUCAAAUGCACGUUCUGCUUAUAGUAAGAAGAUCAUAUUAUUUUUAUCAUUUUAUAUACAUCAUCAUGAAUUGUAUUCUUUCUGGAAUGUUAAACUACCAUUGUAUUCCUAGAAUAAAACACACUGGUU